AUGUCGCUGCCCUCCAAGAGCCGUCUCAAACGCCAGAGCAGAACAUUCACGCAGGUUCUGUACCGGACUCUGAGUUACCGGGAUCGUCCCCCGGCCGACCACACCUCCCGAGACCGCCGCUCCGUCACUGAACCCCCCGACGACGACCGUCCCCGUGACGACCCCGCGGAACUCUCCACCCAGAGCUCCGCCCCCGGCGUCCUGAAGAUCUUCGGAGAUGAGAUCUGCGAGGGCGCCAACUACAAGUCCGUCCUCGCCACGCCCCGGUCCAGCGCACAGGAACUGGUCAAAGAGGCGCUGGAACGCUAUUCGCUGAACAAAGCCUCCGCCCACUCCUACGUCCUCUGCGACGUGAUAGGUCAGCUGGAGGGGGGAGGAGGUGGAGGUCAGGAGGGAGGAGAGGGCGAAGGAGUAGGACAGGGAGGAGGAGGGGGGUGGAGGACGGAGUGUCUACGGGCGAUGGGCGACAACGAGAAACCAUUGUUGUUACAGGAACUAUGGAAGCCCAGAGAGGGACAUGCCAGGAGGUUUGAGCUGCGGAGGAGAGCGGAGGUAGAGGAGCUGAACGCCAAGGAGAAGGAUACGGUCACUGCAG